AUUCUGUGAAAAUGACCAGCAGAAAAACCUCAAGGUACCCAGCAGUGUAUUUAAAGGCUCUUCUCUCUCAUCCAGUAUAGAAUCAAGAAACAACUCUCUUCGUUUUACAUCUCCAAGAGAAAGAGCACAUGAGGGUGAUGAAGGAGCUGUGUCUACUUCUACUGAUCUGCUGGGCAGGCACACUCCAGUGCCUGGCAGAGAGUUUGAGGGGAAAGAUUCCUGGCAAGCCACAGGAAUGUGAGCAGGCCGAGUUUGUCCCUGGUUACAACCUGGCAGGGGAAGGUUUCGACAUUGUGAAGAUGCAGCGAAAAGGUUCUUAUGUGAUCGACAUGGAAAAUUGGGAGCGGGAGGGAGACACUUGUGAGUUAGCUGUCAAUUUCUAUUUGGGUGGAAUAAAACAGAAGCUUCCAGCAGCCAUGGCAAACUGGAGAGCCCUCACCGACUGCAAGUGGGAGGUCUCAAGCAGCAUCUAUGAAUCCAGUGAGUCCCUCAUUAAUACCACAACUUCAGCCGUGACCAACAACUGGAAACUUGGCUUGGACCUUGAGAUUCCUGAAGAAAAGUUCAAGACCAUCAUUGGAGGGACAGAUUCCAGAGAAGCAACAUAUGCCAUUGCAAAGUCGAAGCAGGACAGAUACAGUUUCACCAGGCAUGAAGUCCAUUGUAGCAUCUACAGAUAUAGCCUGGUUGAAGAUCCUCCUCUUCACAAACAAUUUCUGAAUUCGGUGAAGAAGCUCCCCACUGUUUAUGACCUCAAGUCUAAGCCGGCCUAUAGAAACCUGAUAGACACAUACGGCACUCAUUUCACCUCUCAAGUCAACCUGGGAGGGAAAGUGAGCGCUGUAACUUCCAUCAAGUCUUGUCAGGCGACUAUGAACGGAGUGACAGUCACUGCAGUGAAGGACUGUCUCGAUGUCGAGGCCUCCUUGUCAUAUCAAUACAGCGCUAGUUUGACCGCCGAGCUUCACUACUGUAAUGAACUAAAGAAGAAACUUGGCACCAACCGAAGUUUCAGCAGCAUGUUCAGUGACCGCCACUCGGAAAUUAAAGGAGGGGUAGUAAAUGGAGGCGACCUGCUCUUCUCAGGUGCAUUGGACGCAAACGCCUACAAAGAGUGGCUGGAGUCUUUGAAAACGAUCCCUGACGUGGUGCACUACUUCCUUAAGCCCCUUCACUUCCUGUUGAAAAGUAGACAUCCUGCUCAACCUGGGCUGAAGAAAGCAGUGGAGGAGUACAUCCUUGAAAACGCCCUGAUCAAGAAAUGCUCAGAGUCCUGUCAGAUAGGUACGAGGACCAGCCAAAGGGAUCACUGUGCCUGUGUCUGCCACAGUGAUCAGAGCAUCAAGUCCAACUGUUGCCCUGCUGGGAAAGGCCUGGCCAGGCUACAAGUCUAUGGUUUGAGAGCAAAGGGACUAUACGGGGACAUUUCAACCGAAACGGAUGGUUUUGUUGAGAUCUCAUAUGAUAAACAAGUCAAACUCACUGAGGUGAUCAACGACGACGACGAUCCCGUUUGGCCAGAGAGCUUUGAAUUCGGACCCAUCCAUAUCAACUUUGCCACCAAACUCACUUUCAAGGUGUAUGACACAGACGGAGUUGUUUGGAACAAAGAUGUCCUGGGUGAAUGUUCCUUUGAUCUGCGUAGAGGAAAUGUGAGUGACGUCUGUGUGUUCAAAUAUGGCACAUUCUUCUUCUCCUACACAGUGCAAUGUGCUCCCAGCCUUGGAGGCUCACGCUGUGAAGAGUACAUCCCCUCUCCUAUGAGCGCCUCCCUGGCAAAAGUCUUCCACUCCAGAAAUGGCAUGCUGGCUGGGGAGAAUUGGCGACUUGAGUUGGGCAGGAAUCGCACCAAUGAUGCGGUUGACAAGGUUGGCUUAAAGAGAUGUCAUGGUGAAUAAGGCAUGAGGUGAGCGACGAGUUGGUGACUGCUUCGCAUUGCAUAGUUCAGCAUUUCAGAUGGUCCCUUUGGCCACAGGCAGGAUCAUGGUUAGAUGAUUCAUGUGAAAUGUAAUGUUUUAGCUUUUUCUUUGUUCAAAGUAUAAUAUAAUUAUAAUUGCAUUGGAUUUGCUUUACAAUUUUGACGUGACAGAUAUUGUGAAAAUGUUUUUAGCAGCUCAUCUUGUAUUAGUUGUAUCAUCUUGUACCAAAAUAUAAUUCCCAAUAAUUAAAUCUAAGGCUUUUGCUAUACAUAUAUAUAUAUAUUUUUUUUUAAAGGUAUCUCUAACCACUAGAAUGUCAUGGUAUUUUUUUGAAAAUAGUGUAACUACCCAGAAUGCGAAUUAUACCGUGACAUUUGGGGUCCAUAUUUUUUUCGCGGUACUUCCUGAAAUUGUUUCAUGGGCCUCAGUGGUGUGUAUUCAUUACCAAAGAAAUAAAAUACAAAAGCAUGUA